AGCAGUAAGAUGGAUAGUGGGGAGGCUCCUGCCCAGCGGCCAGUCACCUUGGACAUCACAGUGGAAGAUGUAACCAAGGAAACCCCAGGCCCAGACCCUCCGGAGCCAGCCACCAGCCAGACCCCUUCCAGAGAAAACAUCAUUUCCCAGGAGGACAGCAUCGACUUGGGUGGGGACUUUGCCACCCCGCAGGACAGCAGUGCUACACCUUCAGAGAGCCUGAUGGACAAGCUCAAUGACCAGAUGAUGGAGAGCGUCAUGAUUUCUGACUCACCUAAUAACAGUGAGGAGGAUGAUGUAGCUCCAAUUGACUCCUUUCUGGAUGGAGGGGAGGAGGAAGAGACUGCACCAGAGACAUCAGAUGACAAAGAGGAUCAAAGUGAAAUUGGACAGAAUACAACUGAGAUUCAAGUUUCAAUGGAGGAACAGGAGAAAGGUGGUGCUGUGGAGGACUUAGAUGAGGAUUCCAAGGAACAGACAGACACACAAGAGCAAGUCACAGCCUGUGUUUCCCCUCAAGGUGACACGCAGAGCCCAUCUGAUCUUAAAAGUGGGGAACCAUCACCACAAGAAGCUAAAGGGACAAGCCCAAAGGAAGAACCUAUACCUGUAUGCACCAUAUUCAGCCAGGGCACCCAGCCGAAGUCUCUGGUGCCUGAUGGCUUCCAGCCCACCCUUAUCAAGUCCCCCAGCUUCAGCAUGGGGACUGGUGGAGGAACCGAUGAAGCAGUGACCCCAAGCAAGCUGACGGCCCCUCUUGUGUGCCAGCCCAGCCCCAGCCUCAGUAAGUUCUUCACUGACAAUGGACAGGUCAACCCAGCCUCUGAUUUCUUUGAUUCCUUCACUGCCCCCUCCUCCUUCAUCUCUGUUUCAAACCCAAAUGCUGAGAUCCCUCCUGGUCCCAGCCCAGCGCCCAUAGCUCCCACCCCUGAGCGCCAGCUCUCUUCCACCUCCUCCUCCAUCUCCACCCCUGGAGGACCUCUGGACUCUGGUGCUCCCACCCCUAGUUCAGUGUUUAGCCCUGCCCCUACUGUAGCCACCUCCAAGUCCCAACCUCCUCCACCCCAAGCAGCCCCAGCUCCAACUCAAGCCCCCGCCCCGGCUACUCAGCCUUUCAAUCAGCUCCAAGCAGUGUUCUCGGGCAGUGAUGAUCCAUUUGCGACAGCGCUGAGCCUGAGUGAGGUGGACAGGCGCCAUGAUGCCUGGCUGCCAUCUGAGGAGACCAGGAAGGUGUUGAUCUCUGUAGCCACCCAGCAGUACAGCCCAGCCUAUGUAGAGACCAACAGACUCACCAUGCCUGGACUCAAGUUUGACAAUCUUCAGGGUGACGCUGUAAAAGACUUAAUGCUUCGUUUCCUUGGAGAACCAGCAGCAAUGAAGCGCCAGGUCCUGACUGCCAACUCUGUGGAACAGUCCUUUACAGGCCUCAAACAGCUCAUCAGCAGUAAAAACUGGCGGGCUGCGGUGGAUCUGACGGGCCGGCUGCUGACAGCUCAUGGUCAGGGAUAUGGAAAGGCUGGCCAGCCAACCUCCCACACCACCGACUCACUGCAGCUCUGGUUUGUGCGGCUGGCCCUCCUGACCAAGCUGAACCUCUUCCAAAACGCUGAACUGGAGUUUGAGCCCCUUGGCAACCUGGAUCAACCAGACCUCUACUAUGAGUACUACCCCACUGUUUACCCGGGGAGAAGAGGCUCCAUGGUGCCGUUCUCCAUGCGGCUGCUGCAUGCCGAGCUUCCCCAGUACCUGGCCAAGCCCCAGGAGGCUCUGGACCGCCUGCACAAUCUCAAAACCGUCUGCCUCGCUAUUCAGGAGAACUUGGAGAAAGGCUUGGCUGAGGAUGGCAGCAUGUUCACCGUAACACAAGAGAACAGGCAAGCGUCACUUAAGCUGUGGAGGUCUCGCCUCAGCCGGGUCAUGUACUCCAUGGCCAACUGUCUACUGCUGAUGAAGGACUAUGUUCUGGCUGUGGAGACCUAUCACUCCAUCAUCCAGUAUGAACCCCAGCAGAGAGUGCAGCUGCUCAGUGGUAUAGGACGCAUCUUCUUGCAGAUCGGAGACGUUAAAACUGCAGAGAGGUACUUCCAGGAUGUGGAGGAAGUCUGCCAGAUGAAAGGGAGCCAGCCCAGUCACACCACAUGCGUGCUGAUGAACAGGGCCUUCGUCUACCUCAGUCAGAACAACUACGCUGAAGCUCAUGCAUCCUUCACUGAAGUCUUGAAAAUUGACCCGAAAAACCCUGUUGCCAACAACAACGCAGCAGUUUGCCUGCUCUAUCUCGGCCGUCUGAAGGAGUCCCUGGGCCAGCUGGAGGGCUUGGUGCAGCAGGACCCUGCGCUCUACCUCCAUGAGAGCGUCCUCUUCAACCUGACCACUAUGUACGAGCUGGAGUCAUCUCGCAGCACCCAGAAGAAGCAGGCUCUGCUGGAGGCCGUGGCCUGUCGGGAGGGGGACAGCUUCAACACACAGUGCCUCAAACUGGUCUAAGAGGCAAGAAUAAGAACUGGGAGGGGACAAACACUAUUGCAUUCUCAGCCAGUGUGACAGGGAAUAAAAGCCCAAGAGUAGAAUCCUAGAGGAGUAGAAAGCUCUAACUCCAGUGAAAGUGAGGUGACAGAGAAGUAAAUGUUUAGUGCUUGUUUCGGUUUCCCAGAAUCAGGUUGAUGUAAGAUCUUUCACAACUGGUUUUAUACUUCUAAAAUUUGAUCUGGGAAGCCCAGGCAUGCAUUUCUUUUCACAUCAGCCUGCAGGGGGGCAUGGCACUCCUAUCCUUGUAGAGGGUGACCCAGUAAUGACUCAUGCAUUUACUUACAGGAACAGAAACGAUGGCCAGCUCACACAAGCUGGUGGAUUGACAUUCUGAAAAAGAAAAGGUCCUACAAAAAAUCCUGUGUGCGCAGAAUGUUCAUUUUACUUUACAGAUUAAAGGAGUAGUUUGACAUUUUGGGAAGUUUUGCAUAUUUGCUUUCGUGCUGUAAGUUAGAUGAGAACAUCGAUACCACUCUGUUUGUGCCGUAAAUAUCAGGCUUUAGGGAAAAUUCUGAUAAUGUGAUAGUGAUACAAAAGGGUCUUCAAAAUCUGAUCAACUGGAAGGAUACACAUUUUGUAGGGAGGUUGCUGUUUGCUUUAGUUUACUCUUCGCUGCAUUAGAAUCGGAGAACCUGUAAGGAACUGUUCUGUUGCAACAGGUUGUUUAACAAGCUUCACCAGCUUUUUACCUGGUUGUAGGGAGUUUUCGAAAUGUGUCAGGGACAGCAAUAUUGUGUGUUUCUUCACUGAUUAACUUCUUACUUACUGACUUACUUACUACAAACGGACAAGCUCAUCUUGCAAUGAUCCCUCAAGAUUGUCCUGCUAAGCAGUCCAGCACAUAAUCCCUCUGAAAACACUUUAUACUAACUUAAGAUAACCAGCUGCUAGCUCUAACUUCAUAUUUAGCAUGUAGAAAUUAAACUUAAUAUGAAGCUACAGGCAAGAAACAUUUAACUUAGCUAGCCUGGUUCUGUCCAAAGGUGACAAAAUUGGCCAACCAACAUGUCUAGAGCUCACAAAUUAACAUGUUUGGCGGAUUGUUUUUUUUGUUUGUUUUUUUUUUUUAACCUUUACAGGCUAGCCAUUCCCCCUGCUUCCAGUUGUUGUGCUAACUAAAGCUAACCAGCUCCUAGCUCCAACCAGUAUUUAGUGUGCAGAUAUUAUGCUAAAUAUGAAGCUACAGGCAGGAGACCGCUAGCUCAGCUCAAAGACUGUAAACAGGUAACAGCUAGCCCGGUUCUGUCCAAAGAUAAAAAAAAAAUUGGCCGACCAACAUGUCUAAAGCUCACAAAUUAACAUGUUUGGCAGAUUUUUUUUUUACCUUUACAGGCUAGCCAUUUCCCCUUGCUUCCAGUUUUUGUGCUAACUUAAGCUAACCAGCUGCUAGCUCUAACUUUAUAUGUAGAAUGUAGAAAUUCAGCUUAAUAUGAAGCUACAGGCAGGAAACAAUUAGCUUGAAAACUACAGGGCAACAGCUAGCCCUGUUCUGUCCAAGGGUAACAAAAUUGGCCAACCAACACGUGUAGAGCUCACAAAUUAACAUGUUUGGCAGAUUGUUUUUUUUUUUUUUUUUACCUUUACACGUUAGCCAUUUCCCCCUGCUUCCAGUUUUUGUGCUAACUAAAGCUAACCAACUCCUAGCUCCAACCAGUAUUUAGUGUGCAGCUAUUAUGCUAAAUAUGAAGCUACAGGCAGCCAGCUUAGCUCAAAGACUGUAAACGGUUAACAGCUAGCCUGGUUCUGUCCAAAGGUAACAAAAUUGGCCAACCAACACCUCUAAAGCUCACACAUUAACAUGUUAGGCAGAUUUUUUUUUUCACCUUUACAGGCUAGCCAUUUCCCCCUGCUUCCAGCUUUUGUACUAACUAAAGCUAACCAACUCCUAGCCAAUAUUUAGUGUGCAGAUAUUGUGCUAAAUAUGAAGCUACAGGCAGGAGACAGCUAGCUUAGCUCAAGACUGUAAACGGGUAACAGCUAGCUUGGUUCUGUUUAAAGGUAACAAAAUUCACCUACCAACAUGUCCAAAGCUCACAUAUUAACAUGUUAGGCAGAUUUUUUAACCUUUGGAGAGCCAGGCUAACUGUUUCCCUGCUUCCAGUCUUUACGCUAAGCUAAGCUAAUCGGAUGCUAGCUGUAGCUUCAUAUUCAACGUACAGACACGAGAGUGGUAUCAAUCUUCUCAACUGAAGCUCUGUAAGAAAGCAAAAGUGUUUCCCAAAAAGUUUAACUGUUCCUCUAAAUGUUUUAUCAAAGAUAUUCAACUCAUACCAGCACAGACGAACCAUCAAAUCAAGCAUUGUGAGAUUGGAAGAGACUUCAGAGCAUAGAUGUACAUUGCACUACAGACUGGUGGCAGUGUUAAGGGAGUUGCAGGCUCAUAAUGCGAGUCUUGACACGGGCAUUAUCCUGAGCUUCAGUGUGCUUAAAGACUAAUAAACUACCAUCGAGUUCCACAGCCUCUUCCUCAGCAGACACCUGUAAUACUGGAUUAAAAGUCAAGGACCACUCCAUUUCAGCUGCCAGGUUUAUUAACUCAUGCAGUGAAAAUAGAUAAGCCCUUCAGAUUGCAUCGUAACCUGUUCACUAGGCAAAACUAAACAGUAUAAGGAAUCCAAAAUUGUACAUAUCAGAGAAGCUGUUUUUUCUGUUUAAAUGGUUAUAUUAAAAAUGAUUGUCUUGUUAAAUCUUUUA